AUGGAGACUUCGAACUUUGUUAAGCAAUUAUCGUCGAACAAUAGAAAGACUAGGGAAAACGCGCUUGAAGCGUUAAAGAAAUAUCUAACCGCUAAACAAUUCAAAGACAACAAACAAAUACAGUUCAAUAAACUUUGGAAGGGUCUUUACUAUGCCAUGUGGUUUAGUGACCGUCCUAGACCACAACAACGUUUAGCCAAUGAAUUAGGCGAAUUGCAUGGAUUAUAUUUUGAUCCUAAGGACAAUGGCAAUCCAGAUGAGUUGACCAUAAACGAUAAAGCAUUUAUCAAGUUCAGUAAAGGGUUCUGGAAAGUCAUGUGCUUUGAAUGGUUUAACAUUGAUAGAUAUAGAUUGGAUAAAUAUCUUCUAUUGAUAAGAAGGGUAUUGUUCAAUCAAUUGAAGUAUUUGCAGUCCAGAAACUGGGACAAUAAAUUAGUCGACGAGUAUAUUACGAAGGUAUUAAGAUGGUUACCUCUGAGCGGAAGUCCAAAGGUCUACACAGGGAUUCCAAUUCAUAUUGUCGAUAUUCUGUUGGACGAAUGGGAGAGAUUGCUUAAGGAUGAGAAUGAAGACGACGAAGACGAGGACGAGGAAAAGAAAGAAGAACAGAUGUGCAAAAUCGCAGAGAGCGCAAAAGAAACACCACUAGCGGAUAUUAUCACAAUUUUCCAGGAUAUCGUGGCAGAUUACAACAACAGCAAGGUGUUGAGGGAGAAGAUCAAAGAAGACCUAUUCAGUGACACCAGACUUGUUUCCUGGAAUAUUUUUCAGGGCGAAACACAACAGGAUGAUCCCAGUGACGAAUCUGAAGAGGAAGAAGCUGAAGAAUGGAAAGGAUUUUGA